AUGGAGCUCCUGGGAGAGGAGUUUGGGGACUUAUCUCCGCAGGAGUUAGCGGCUCCUGUCAGCACUGUAGCGGAUAAAUGGAAAUUGUUGCCAGCAUUUUUGAAGGUUAAAGGUUUGGUGAAGCAGCAUAUCGAUUCCUUCAACUAUUUCAUCAAUGUUGAGAUAAAGAAAAUUAUGAAAGCGAAUGAGAAAAUUACCAGUGACGCUGAUCCUAUGUGGUACCUGAAAUAUCUGAACAUCUACGUGGGCAUGCCUGAUGUGGAAGAAAGCUUCAACGUGUCCAGACCAGUGUCUCCACAUGAGUGCCGUCUCAGAGACAUGACGUACUCGGCGCCCAUCACGGUGGACAUCGAGUACACCCGAGGCAGCCAGAGGAUCAUUCGAAACGCUCUGCCCAUUGGAAGGAUGCCGAUCAUGCUGCGGAGCUCCAACUGCGUCCUCACAGGCAAGACGCCCAUGGAGUUUUCCAAACUCAACGAAUGUCCUCUUGAUCCAGGCGGUUAUUUCAUCGUGAAAGGUCAGGAGAAGGUCAUCCUCAUCCAAGAGCAGCUGUCCAAGAAUCGAAUCAUUGUGGAGCAGGACAGGAAGGGCGCGGUCGGAGCUUCAGUCACCAGCUCCACUCAUGAGAAGAAAAGCAGAACGAAUAUGAUUGUUAAACAAGGCCGGUUCUACCUGAGACACAACACUCUGUCUGAGGACGCUCCCAUCGCCAUCAUAUUCAAGGGUAUGGGCGUGGAGAGCGACCAGGAGAUCGUGCAGAUGAUCGGUACGGAGGAGCACGUCAUGGCCAGCUUCGCCCCGAGCCUGGAGGAGUGCCAGAAGGCUCAGAUCUUCACUCAGACUCAGGCGCUCCGGUAUCUGGGGAAUAAAGUGCGCAGACAGCGAAUGUGGGGCGGCCCGAAAAAGACGAAGAUGGAGGAGGCCAGAGAGCUGCUGGCGUCCCUCAUCCUGACACACGUUCCCGUCAAAGAGUUUAACUUCCGGGCCAAGUGCAUCUACCUGGCUGUGAUGGUCCGGCGGGUCAUUCUGGCUCAGGGGGACAACAAGGUGGACGACAGAGAUUACUAUGGCAACAAACGUCUGGAGCUGGCAGGACAGCUCCUGUCGCUGCUGUUUGAAGAUCUGUUCAAGAAGUUUAACUCCGAACUGAAGAAAAUCGCAGACCAGAUCAUCCCCAAGCAGAGAGCGGCGCAGUUUGACGUGGUCAAACACAUGAGGCAGGAUCAGAUCACCAACGGCAUGGUCAAUGCCAUCUCCACGGGUAACUGGUCCCUGAAGAGGUUCAAGAUGGACCGCCAGGGCGUCACCCAGGUCCUGUCCCGGCUCUCCUUCAUCUCCGCCCUGGGCAUGAUGACCAGGAUCUCCUCCCAGUUCGAGAAGACCAGGAAGGUCAGCGGGCCGCGCUCCCUGCAGCCGUCACAGUGGGGCAUGCUGUGUCCGUCCGACACGCCCGAGGGGGAGGCCUGCGGCCUGGUGAAGAACUUGGCUCUGAUGACGCACAUCACCACCGACAUGGAGGACGGCCCCAUCAUCAAACUGGCCUUCAACCUCGGCGUGGAGGACGUCAACCUGCUGUGCGGAGAGGAGCUCUCCUACCCCAGCGUCUUCCUCGUCUUCCUCAACGGUAACAUUCUCGGAGUCAUUCGAGACCACCCUAAACUGGUCAACACCUUCAGGCUCAUGCGCAGAGCCGGCUUCAUCAACGAGUUUGUGUCCAUCUCCACCAACCUGACUGACCGCUGCGUCUACAUCUCGUCUGACGGAGGACGGCUCUGCAGGCCGUACAUCAUCGUGAAGAAAGGAGUGCCGAUGGUGAAGAACAAGCACAUUGAAGAUCUUUCUCAGGGCUACAGAACAUUUGAGGAUUUCCUGCACGAAGGCCUGGUGGAGUAUCUGGACGUGAACGAGGAAAACGACUGUCAGAUCGCCCUUUAUGAACACAUGAUUAACAAAGACACAACACACUUGGAGAUCGAGCCCUUCACGCUCCUGGGAGUGUGUGCCGGGCUCAUUCCCUACCCCCACCACAACCAGUCGCCCAGGAACACCUACCAGUGUGCUAUGGGCAAGCAGGCCAUGGGAACUAUCGGCUACAACCAGAGGAACCGUAUCGACACCUUGAUGUAUCUGCUGGCUUAUCCGCAGAGGCCCAUGGUCAAAACGAAGACCAUCGAGCUGAUUGACUUUGAGAAGCUGCCAGCUGGUCAGAACGCCACCGUCGCCGUUAUGAGCUACAGUGGUUACGAUAUUGAGGACGCUCUGGUCCUCAAUAAAGCUUCACUGGACAGAGGAUUCGGCAGAUGCCUCGUCUAUAAAAAUGCAAAGUGCAUUCUCCGGCGUUACACCAAUCAGACCUUCGACAAGGUGAUGGGCCCCAUGCUGGACGCCGCCACUCGUAAACCCAUCUGGAGGCACAGCAUCCUGGACGCUGAUGGGAUCUGUUCCCCUGGUGAGAGAGUGGAGAACAAGCAGGUGCUUGUCAACAAAUCUAUGCCGACUGUCACCCAGACACCACUGGAGGGCAGUGCCCAGCCGGGACAGCCCCAGUACAGAGACGUACCCAUCAGCUAUAAGGGCUCAACAGACUCCUACAUAGAGAAAGUCAUGAUCUCCUCCAACGCUGAAGACGCUUUCCUCAUCAAGAUCCUCCUGCGGCAGACCAGGAGGCCCGAAAUAGGAGACAAGUUCAGCAGCAGACACGGACAGAAAGGUGUUUGUGGCCUGAUCGUCCCUCAGGAGGACAUGCCCUUCUGUGACACUGGCAUCUGCCCAGAUAUCAUCAUGAACCCUCACGGUUACCCCUCCCGAAUGACGGUGGGAAAGCUGAUCGAGCUGCUGGCUGGGAAGGCCGGGGUCCUGGACGGGCGCUUCCACUACGGGACGGCCUUUGGAGGGAGCAAGGUGAAGGAUGUGUGUGAGGAUCUCAUCCGUUAUGGAUACAACUACCAAGGCAAAGACUACGUCACCUCCGGAAUCACCGGAGAGCCUCUGGAGGCUUAUAUCUACUUCGGACCGGUGUAUUAUCAGAAGCUGAAGCACAUGGUUCUCGACAAAAUGCACGCCAGAGCUCGGGGCCCCCGGGCAGUCCUCACAAGGCAGCCCACCGAGGGCCGAUCCAGGGAUGGAGGGCUGCGUCUGGGCGAGAUGGAGCGUGACUGCCUGAUCGGGUACGGAGCCAGUAUGUUGCUGCUGGAGCGCCUCAUGAUCUCCAGCGACGCCUUCGAGGUGGACGUCUGUGGACAGUGCGGCCUGCUCGGGUAUUCUGGAUGGUGUCACUACUGCAAGUCGUCCUGCCACGUGUCCUCGCUGCGCAUCCCGUACGCCUGCAAGCUGCUGUUCCAGGAGCUGCAGUCCAUGAACAUCAUCCCCCGCCUCAAACUGUCGCGCUACAAUGAGUGAGCAGGUCAGGGACAGAAACACAGAAAGAGCGAGUAAAAGGUUCAGAGUCGGAUUUACUUUUCCGUCGUUUCAUUUGUGAGAAGGGGUCGAGCUUUAGACAAGCAGCAGAGGAUGGAGUGUAAAACUGUAAAACCGCCGAGACUUUUUUGUUGCCGUUAACAAAAAUCGACUGAUGUUCAGAACAAGUUUAUCCAGUUUUUUUCUUUAUGUUGAUACUUUAUCACCAUUUUUUUCUUUUGUAUGUGUAUAAUAAACACAAAAUGACCUGCUGGCGGUCAGCUGCUGUGUGUUGUACAGUUUGGUUUACUUUAUUUCUUUUAUUUAGAAUAAAUAACCUGCAGUCUUUGGGAA